UUCCCCGCGACCCCGUAUUGGGACAAGCGGUUCAGAAAAUGUGUGUGUGAAGUAAACCAUUUAUAGUCUUAUUAUGUUGAUGCCGACGCGAACAUGUAUGGAUUUAGAAAGAAAGAAAGAAAGAAAGAGCGUGUUACACAGAGUAUCAGUAAAGACAGAGCGCGGAGCGGACGGGAUGAGCCCGGGAGGAGGCGCGGAGACACUAGCGCAUGAAUGGCUGCCAGCCUGUGGGCGGAGACACGGGUUCUAGUGGCGAUCGAACCGCGAGCGCGUCGCCUUCACUUCGCCUCAGUUCGCACAGCCCGCGCGCUCGGCACGAAUUGCCGCCUUUCUCGCAGCCCGCGCGACCACGUAGAACGCCUCCGAGUGCACGCGCACCAUGGCCCGGGGAGAGGGAGGAGAGCAGUUCUCCGCCACGAGCCUCCUGCAGAGCAAAGCUGCGGCCCCGGAUGGAGUGAAGCUGGCCGAGAAGCGUGACCAAAAGCACCGUUUGUCUGUGUGCAGCAAGCUCUGCUUUGCCAUUGGCGGGGCCCCCUACCAGAUUACAGGAAGUGCUCUGGGCUUCUUCCUGCAGAUUUACCUUCUGGAUGUGGCACAGCUGGAUCCCUUUUAUGCCUCCAUCAUCCUGUUUGUGGGUCGAGCUUGGGAUGCGGUGACAGACCCCACAGUUGGCUUUCUGGUGAGCCGAAGCCCAUGGACGCGAUAUGGGAGGAUGCUGCCCUGGAUUGUGUUCUCCACUCCGCUUGCGGUUCUGUCCUACUUCCUGAUCUGGUUCGUCCCACCCAUUGAGCAAGGAAAGGUCAUCUGGUACCUGAUCUUCUACUGCUUAUUCCAGACAAUGCAGACGUGUUUCCACGUUCCAUAUUCUGCCCUGACCAUGUUCCUCAGCUCUGAUCAGAAAGAACGGGACUCUGCCACUGCCUACAGGAUGACCGUAGAGGUAUUGGGCACACUCAUCGGUACAGCGAUUCAAGGGCAGAUUGUAGGGGGAGCCAUUGCUCCAUGCAUCAGCCCCCCGGGGAUGAAUGUCACAGAGCCUUCGCUCACUGAUCUCCUCAAUGUCUCCACGUCACAUGUAACCCUUGAUCAUACGAAAAAUGCCUAUAUGACUGCAUCUGGAGUCAUCUGUGGUAUCUACAUCCUGUGUGCCAUUAUCCUCUUCUCUGGUGUGAAGGAACGGCGAGAACUCGUUCGGCCAAAGUCGGAACCGCCCAUGUCGUUCAUCCAGGGCUUGCGGCUUGUCAUGGGUCAUGGGCCAUACGCCAAGCUUGUUAUGGGCUUCCUCUUCACAUCCCUGGCUUUCAUGCUUCUGGAGGGAAACUUUGCACUGUUCUGCAGCUACACACUAGGCUUCAGGAACAACUUUCAGAACAUCCUCCUGGUCAUCAUGAUUUCUGCCACCCUGAUGAUCCCCUUUUGGCAGUGGUUCCUGACUAAGUUUGGAAAGAAGACUGCAGUCUAUAUUGGAACCACGUCGGUCAUUCCUUUCAUGAUUCUACUGGUCUGCCUCGAGAGCAACCUGAUCAUGACUUUUGUGGUGACUUUUGCGGCGGGGGUCAGUGUGGCUGCAGCCUUUCUCUUGCCCUGGUCAAUGCUCCCUGAUGUGAUUGACGACUUCCAGCUCAAGAACCCCGGGUCCCGAGGCCACGAGGCAAUCUUCUACUCCUUCUAUGUCUUCUUCACAAAGUUUGCCUCCGGUGUAUCACUGGGCAUCUCCACAUUGAGUCUCAACUUUGCAGGGUAUGUGACAAAUGGAUGCUCACAGCCAGACGCUGUACACCUCACGCUGAGGAUGCUGGUUUCUGCGGCGCCUAUUGUGCUCAUCCUGCUGGGCCUCAUCAUUUUCAUCGUUUACCCCAUCAAUGAAGUGGUCCGCCUGAACAACCGCAAGGAGCUGCAGAAGCUCCGGGACAGCGAGCAGGAUUCUGAAACGGACUCCUCGGAUUCUGGCAACGUCGUGUAGGAGCCUGGACUGACACUUGCUGCCCAUGUGGGGGUGGGCAGGCCAGCGGUGGCUGCUUGGCAUAGAAAUGAGAACCUGGAACACUGCUGAAUCACACUGCUGCUUAAGAGCAGUGCUCGCCAAACUUACGGAGGCCUUCGUGUCCAAGGUCACCGCGGCCUUGUCACGCCAGAACUCAUGGACCGCUUGUCAUCAGGAGGCCAUGAAGAUUUUUUUUUUUUUUUUUUUUUCCCCCCUCGACAAAUGUUGCACGAACCUUGAAAAUGUGAUGUUUCUGUAUAUUUUGCCUAUUUUUGCUCCACUAAAUCUCAGAUAUCAUGCAAUCCUUAGAUGUCUGAGGCGGCCAAGAGUGAACUUGAAGUACACAUUUUGAUGCUGCACUAAACAGAUUCAGAUAUACUUGGAUAAGUUGAUGUCCGUGCUGAAACUUGAUUAACUCUUCCAUACGUACUUAAAUAUUUAUCUUGCAGGAGUAUUUGGGUAGCUUGGCACUGACCACAUUUAGCUUAUUCCUUUCAAAAGGCACGAUGUUAUAUUUAUUGACCAUCUUGUACAGGAAGACAAUUCUGGCCUGUUGUGGGACAGUAUGAGCAGAAAUGCAGUCCUUGUACCAUCCUCUGCCCACAACCAGCAGCAGUGAAAGUGCGUCACUACUGUGUCGUAUUGUUUUACACAGAAGCUCCCAUUUGCAGGAAGGUGAGCUGCCUUUCAUUUGUGCCAUGAGUGUCUAGUCUUGCAUAAGCAAAAGAGAAAAGGGACUAAAGACUUGCUCCUCCUCUUUGCUGCAAGACCACGGCAGCAUGUUCUCAAGUAGACUGCGUUCUAGCAGAUGGACAAAGACACUGACAGCAUUAACUAUGGAUUAUAUAAUGGCAACAAAAGAGGAGUUUGCAUUGGCUACAUUCACAAGCAUUUGACUAAAAUUGCCAAAGAACAACUUUUUUUUUUUUUAUUUUUUUUUUUUUUGAAGACCAACUGCGUAUGGUUCUCCUAGUGUUUAACUACACAGGCGAUGCAAAAGCCUCGACUGAACCAUGUGCUUGAAGGAAAGGUGUGGAGUUCUUUUUCAAUAGUUGUCUCCACUUUGUACUGGUGCAUCUUUGAAUGCCAAAGAUUUGUAUGGGACUGGAGUUCAAAAGCAUGCGCACUGAAUUUAGUUUGAAACCUCAACCUUUAGCCAAUUUUCCUUGCCAAAUGCAUUCUUGUGCUUGGUUACGCCUCCAUUGGCCCCAUUAGGCAAUGUGGGGGGUCAGACUCGCAGCACGGCUGUGAACUCAGAAGGUUUCCUCGAGCCUUUAGCGGUGUCUGAAAAGUGCAUCUAGAUGUUAAACAUUUUCCACUUGUUCAUAUUUUUUCUACAUUUCUGCACCACAAUUUGAAUGGAUUAAUUGUGUGUAGGUUGCUAUAAAUGGUCACAUACAUUUUCUUUGGAUGUGGCAAAUGUUCAACAGGGCUGCAUUUUCAUUGCGUGUCAUUUUUGGAAAAGAGUAACAAGUAUUACUGCUCCAGUUUAACCAGUUUUUGUGCAUGUUACUGUUAAUAAAACUUAGUAUUUAAUUUUUUCUAAAUCACAUUGAUAAUGGGAAUUUUCCCAAAAGGAAAAAAAUCUCCACACAACAGCUGGAGUCUAAUUUUGUUUGUGUCUUGUCUUGAAACCACCAGUGGACCCAUUGUAUAGUUUGUAUAUACUGUAAAUAAUGUAUAUAAGUAAUAGAAACUGAUGUGAGGUGUUUGUGCACCAGUGGAUCUAGUUGUAGUGACAAAUUACUGUAUAAUUAGCGUUAAUAAAAACUGAAGUUCAUUGACGUAAAACUUGUGUGACGUGUGACCCCCCCCUCCUCCAACUU